AUGACAACAGAGAAGGCUUUGGCUGGGGAAAUGAAGAGCGCAAUGGAGGGUGACGCCAGGAGAACCAAUCAGGUUCCAGAGGACCAUGGAGAAAUGGAUGAUAGCUCAGAGAAGACCCCCAGCAAGGCCUCCAAAUCUCCCCAGAAAAGCAGCAAAAGGCCCAAGACUGUCCCUGUCAAAGUCACUCUACUUGACGGCUCAGACUAUGAGACUGCAGUUGAGAAAUUUGCCAAGGGCCAGACCCUGCUGGACAUGGUGUGUGGCCAUCUGAACCUGCUGGAGAGGGACUACUUUGGCCUCACUUUCCAGGAUGCGGAUAACACCAAGAAUUGGUUGGAUCCUUCAAAAGAGAUUAAGAAGCAAAUUCGGGUUGGAUCCUGGAGCUUUGGGUUUUCUGUGAAGUUCUAUCCCCCAGAUCCCUCCAUCCUUAUUGAAGACAUCACAAGGUACUACCUGUGCCUCCAACUGAGGGAUGACAUUCUGUCAGGCCGUCUGCCCUGCUCCUUCGUCACUCACGCCCUGCUGGGCUCCUACACUGUCCAGGCUGAGCUGGGGGACUACGAGGCUGAAGAGCACGGCCCCGACUAUGUCAGUGACUUCCGCUUUGCUCCCAAUCAGACACGAGAGCUAGAGGAAAGGGUGAUGGAGUUACACCGCACCUACAGGGGAAUGAGUCCUGCAGAGGCAGAGGUGAAUUUUCUGGAAAAUGCCAAGAAGCUCUCAAUGUACGGUGUGGACCUACAUCAUGCCAAGGAUUCAGAGGGCAUUGACAUCAUGCUGGGUGUGAGUGCCAAUGGACUGCUUAUCUACCGAGACCGUCUAAGGAUUAACCGGUUUGCCUGGCCCAAAAUCCUCAAGAUUUCCUACAAGAGGAGUAACUUCUAUAUCAAGAUCCGUCCAGGAGAGUAUGAACAGUUUGAGAGCACCAUAGGUUUCAAGCUGCCCAACCAUCGGGCGUCUAAGCGUCUGUGGAAGGUCUGCAUUGAGCACCACACUUUUUUCAGGUUGGUUUCCCCUGAGCCGCCUCCCAAGGGCUUUCUGGUGAUUGGCUCCAAGUUCCGCUACAGUGGGCGGACCCAAGCCCAGACCAGACAGGCCAGCGCUCUGAUUGACAGGCCUGCCCCACAGUUUGACCGCUCCGUAAGCAAGCGGUACCUGCUGCCUCGAAGCAUGGAUGGAGCUUCAGCCCUAGGCGACAGCAUGGACCAGCUGUCCCAGAGAAGCUCCAGCGAGCGCACUCAGUUCACGUCCAGAGACGACCUGGACCAAGAGGGCAGCCUGGAUCUAGACCACGAUCAGUACCACUAUCAGGACCAGGACCAGGACCAGGACCAGUACCUAGACCAGGAGCUGGACCAGCAUCUAGGGCAGUACCAAAAUCAAGAUCAGGAGCAGACUCGAAGGGCCCCUGUCUCCACAUCUGGCAAGACAUUGGAGCUUAAGGGUGAGGAGGCAGGCUCGCCAGUAGACUCAAAGCCAGAGGAUCUGGCCAUCCCUCGGCCCAAACAGGAGCAGUUCUUGGAUAAACCAGAGGAUGUUCUACAAAAGCACCAAGCCAGCAUCAAUGAGCUGAAGAGAGCUCUAAGGCAGCCCAACAGCAAACUGGCCCAGAGGGAGAAACGUCUUUCCUCAGCUACACCUCCUGGAGGAACCCCAGAGAGGAAACCGGCAACUGGUGAUGCCAAAUUGAUUGACAAGCAAGAUGUUAAUGAAGGCACAGUGGAUACUUACUCUAAAGUGGAAAAGAAUAAGACUCCCCCAUAUAAACAGCACCUUGGAGAAGCAAAUAUGAACAAUAGGGAUUCUUUGAGAAGUAGGACAGGAGGAACCAUACCCCCAAAGCAGGAAAUAGAACUGACAACAACUAAUGUAUUGGACAUGAACCCGAGGGAUAAAGCUGUAGCCAGUAAUGGACAUCCACAUGGAGCUGUAUUCACAAGAAAUGCUAUUCAAGAGAAUGGAUAUGGCUCUCCACCUGCAAAUAAGCCUUAUGUCAAACAAAGGACUGAAAUGAAAAAUAGUGAGCUGUGGCAUUCUCAGUAUCAGCAUAACUUUCAUCAAGAGAGAGCAAAGAACUUUGAGGCUCCAGUGGCACUGGAUUCUUUCCCAGAGGGCAAUGGGAGCAGAACUGAAACUGAAACGAGGCAUUGUGAAGCUUGGAAAACAAAAGAACCAAACCCUGUGAGAGCCAAAGAUUGCAGCAAAACUGGGAACUCGCACUCAGAAGUCACCAGAAUAGUUCCUCUCAAGCCACAGAGAUCAAAGAAGUCUUUGAAUAAAGGGAACAAAGGUGUUGUACAUCCUCAAACAGAAAACCAGGUCGAUGAAGGCAUCAUUGGCGCAAUUGGGGAUACACAGAUGACGAAAUCACUAGAGGGACCCAGUGAAACUGAAAAGAGAGUGGAUGAUAUGGCUAUAAUGCAGUCUGCCACAGACAGUCAGCAAGCUCAGUUGCAUCAACAGCUUAAGAAUGAGUUGUUAGCCCAACAGGAGCUCAGGGAUCUGAGGGAUAUCACCGGACUAAGUCAGUGGACAAGUGAGGGCUUGCUACAUGAAGACCAUCUUCAAAACUAUCCAGAAUUUAAAGAGAAUCUCUUAUCUAGCACCAAGUUAUCGGGCAACCAGACAGCUCCCCCUCAAACUCUUCCUCUGAAAACACAGUGGUCCAGAGAGACGGGGAUUUGCAACAUGCAGAGCAACAUGGACACCAGCUACAUCCACUACAGGAACUCCAGCCAAGAAACAGCCAAGAGGAAGCAAGCGGAGACACCUCCUACACCUGCCAUUCACGAGGAGCCUCUCAAUGAAGCCUCAAGGGAACCAUGGGAGAGACGUCUGGGCUCUGUAUCGGAGGAUGACCAGGACCAUGAGACCCUGUACUUGAAGGAAACCCAUCUGGGAAUUGAGCGCAAAUGCUCCAGCAUCACAGUCAGCUCUACAUCCAGCCUGGAGGCUGAAGUAGACUUCACCGUUCUCAUGGACCUCCACACAGGCAUGGAGGAGUUCUCCAGGGGCAUGACGGAGCUGGGCGAGAGAGAUCUAUCGCCAGAUGGGGGUCUUUGCCUGGGUAUCGACCUGCUCCAGCAGCAGGGCCCCUCUGAGCCACCUCCUCCCUUGAUGUCAGCUCCUGUUUCCCGAGGGGCUAGCAGCAGCCCACCCGCUAAACACAUCCAAGCUGAAGAGGUUCGGCCGGAGGUCAAACGCCACGAUGUGCAGCCUGUUGUACCCAAAAAACCAAAGAGGUCUGUGCCAGUGUCGUCAUCAGUGGACCGAGACCACUUACACAGAGACGGCAGUCGUGUCACCACCAUCACAGCACUGAGCCGAGAGGCCAGUGAUGUGAUGGUCACACCAACAGUGAGGAAAACAGAUGUCAGGACUGAGACACAACCCAACGGUUCAGAGGUCACCACCACCAUUGUGGAGUUCACAGAUCAGGAUCACGGUAUCGGCGGCUUAAGCCAGGUUUCUUAUUCUACUAGAGAGAGUGUAUCCCCUGUGCAUAUGAGCAGUCUGGGAAGAGAGGCUUCAGGGUCGCCCAUCCUUGUCACUGAAAAUGUUACAUCGGCAACCACUCAUGUCACCAAGACGGUGAAAGGAGGUUAUUCAGAGACCAGGAUUGAGAAGAGGAUCAUAAUUACAGGAGAUGAUGAUGUGGACCAGGAACAGGCACUGGCUAUUGCAAUACAGGAAGCCAAGCAGCAGCAUCCAGACAUGCAGGUCACCAAGGCAGUUGUUGUCAGGGAAACAGAAUCUUCCACUGAGGAUCCAUAUGGAACAUCUGAGUCCUGAUUUCCUGAGUCAAGAGUGCCCCCCUUAGGACGAGACGUGUCAGUGCCCAACCUGAAUUGCCGCCCACCACCCCAACAGACAGACUACUGCCAGUGGUGCUCUAAUGGAGACUGAUGUAUACCCACAUGCACGCACGCACGCAUACACACACACACACACACACACACACACACACACACACACAUUCACUUGUAAUCCUUCCCAACUGUCCACCGCUGUAACAGGACUCCUUCAAAACCACCCUUUUACUUACCAACAUUUAUCACUUUAUAUUUUUAUUGACACAUCACUCCAUCAAUGAGCUCACUGAAUACUCACUAGAAUGAAAAUGAUAGACAUGCUGCAAUGGAAAAUAUUACAGUAAAGUAAACAACAUUUCAUGAGCCUUGAUUUGUCAACAGCAUGGCACCAGAUUUCCAAACAUCUGGAACAAUUAAAGAGAUAAUCCGACUAAAUUCCCUGCAAACCUCUCAGGGUCUCUACAUUCAAACCAUUUGCUUCAGCGCAAUUAUUCUGCAAAGGUCAAAGGAAAGUAAUGGAAAAGGGUUUUUUUUAGAUCUUCUGUGCACUUGUCACUCACUGUAGAAUACUCCAAUGCCACGUGCGUGCUCAUCCCAUGUUGCCAGUAUCGAUUGAUGAGGAAAAAAAACAAACAAACAAAAAAACAACAAAAAACAAAACAAAACUGGGGAUGAAGGAACAUCUUUCCCAUGUCUUGUUGCACUGGAGAAAAUGGACGAUGCCCUCCUCCACCACAAAGAACUGUUCAGGCUCCUGCUGUGUGCUGGAAAGAAUUUAACCUAAUGUGUGUGCUUAUGUACAUACCAACUUUGUAAAGAAGUGACAGUAUUCAUUACAUUGUACCUCCAGUAAUGUUAAAAGCAUGCGGUGAAGCAGGGUUUAGUAAGGGCAGAACGAAACCUACCCUUAGUUUUCAUAUUUGCAUAUCAGGCCAAAUCUAUACACAUGCU